AUGCAGGCGCGGCCGCUGCUCGUGGCGGCGCUGGCCGCGCUGGCGCUGGCCCGGGAGCCCGAGGCGGCGCCCGCCCCGCCGUGCCCCGCGCGCUGCGACGUGUCGCGCUGCCCGAGCCCGCGCUGCCCCGGCGGCUACGUGCCCGACCACUGCAACUGCUGCCUGGUGUGCGCCGCGAGCGAGGGCGAGCCCUGCGGCCGCACGCACGACGCGCCGUGCGGGGAGAGCCUGGAGUGCAGCCGCGGCCUGUGCCGCUGCCGCUGGGCGCAGCCCGUGUGCGGCACCGACGGGCGCACCUAUGCCAACGUGUGCGCGCUGCUGGCGGCCAGCCGCCGCGCGGUGCAGCUCUCGGGGACGCCGGUGCACCAGCUGCAGAAGGGUGCCUGUCCUGCAGGUCUCCACCAGCUGACAAGCCCACGGUACAAGUUCAACUUCAUUGCUGACGUGGUGGAGAAGAUCGCCCCGGCCGUGGUGCACAUAGAGCUCUUCCUGAGGCACCCACUCUUUGGCCGCAACAGACCCGUGUCCAGCGGCUCUGGCUUCAUCACGUCCGAGGCCGGCCUGAUUGUCACCAAUGCCCACGUGGUGUCCAGCAGCAAUGCUGUCACGGGCCGCCAGCAGCUCAAGGUGCAGCUGUACAAUGGGGACUCCUACGAGGCCACCAUCAAGGACAUGGACAAAAAAUCAGACAUCGCCACCAUCAAGAUCCACCCCAAGGAAAAGCUGCCGGUGCUGCUGCUGGGCCAGUCGGCCGACCUGCGGCCCGGCGAGUUCGUGGUGGCUGUCGGCAGCCCCUUUGCCCUGCAGAACACGGUGACCACGGGCAUCGUGAGCUCCGCCCAGCGGGGCAGCCGCGAACUGGGCCUGCGCGACUCGGACAUGGACUACAUCCAGACAGACGCCAUCAUUAACUACGGGAACUCCGGGGGACCCCUGGUGAACCUGGAUGGGGAAGUGAUCGGCAUCAACACGCUCAAGGUGGCGGCUGGCAUCUCCUUUGCCAUCCCCUCGGACCGUAUCACGCGCUUCCUGGCCGAGUUCCAAGACAAGCAGGCCAAAGACUGGAAGAAGCGCUUCAUUGGCCUCCGGAUGCGAACCAUCACCCCCAGCCUGGUGGAGGAGCUGAAGGGCGCCAAUCCCGACUUCCCGGCCGUCAGCAGUGGCAUCUACGUGCAGGAGGUCGUCCCCAACUCUCCAAGCCAGAGAGGAGGCAUCCAGGUGGGUGACGUCAUUGUCAAGGUCAACGGGCGCCUUCUGUCAGACUCCAGUGAGCUGCAGGAGGCCGUCCUCAAUGAAUCGCCUCUUCUGCUGGAGGUGCGGCGGGGCAACGACGACCUGCUCUUCAGCAUCAUGCCCGAGGUGGUCGUGUGAGCCGCGCCAGGCGGGCAGACCGAGGACC